AUGUCUCACCUGAAGGUAGGUCGGAAUCCGGAAUCGUCACUUGUUCCUGCGUCGGAAGAAGCUGACCAUGCUGUACAGGAUUACGUCAAGGCAACGUCGCCCAUCAUGCACUUUUUGACCUAUGCCGAUAACUAUGCGAUCGGUUAUUUCAAGAAGCAGGGAUUCACGAAAGAGAUAACACUUGAUAAAUCGAUCUGGAUGGGGUACAUCAAAGAUUACGAGGGUGGAACGAUCAUGCAGUGCACUAUGCUUCCCACGAUACGAUAUCUCGAAAUUGGCCGAAUGCUCCUCAAGCAAAAGGAGGCGGUUCAUGCGAAGAUCCGCGCCUUCAGCCAGUCAUACAAGGUCCACAACCCGCCGAAGGAGUGGAAGAAUGGGCCGUGCAAGAUCGACCCUCUGAGUAUUCCAGCCAUCCGAGCGUCCGGAUGGUCGCCAGACAUGGAUGAAUUGGCCCGUCAACCACGCCACGGGCCCAACUAUAACCAACUUUUACAUCUCCUCAACGAUAUGCAGAACCAUAGUGCGGCAUGGCCAUUCACCCAGCCUGUCAACCGUGAUGAAGUCCCGGAUUACUACGAAGUCAUCAAGGAGCCCAUGGAUCUGUCCACGAUGGAGGAAAAGCACGAAAAGGACAUGUAUCCGACGCCCCAGGAAUUUAUCAAGGACGCCUCGUUGAUAUUUGACAAUUGUCGAAAAUACAACAACGAGAACACGCCAUAUGCCAAAAGUGCCAACAAACUGGAGAAGUUCAUGUGGCAGCAGAUCCGGAAUAUCCCUGAGUGGUCGCAUCUGGCGGACGGUCAUUGA